AGUGCAUCACAUCGCACGACCUAAAUAUCGGCUUAGAUACACAUGCAGAGGCUAGUCAGCAGGGAGACAUGGUCUUUUCGACGAGAAUAUCAAUGCCAAGUAUGUCGGUGGCUCAAUGGACUCUCCCUACGUGGCCGGCGACUCAUGUCGAUCAAUGCGAGUGGCAAUGUCCAGGAGAACGCUACGCCUGAUGGUGCAGCGGCCUUCUCUGCCUUCCCUCCUCCUUCUGCCACGCCAAGGCCUGCAGAUUUAUCGCCUAAGAGAUUUAUCAAAACAACGAAUAUGAAGAUAGGCAGACGGAAUGACUUGGUCAAGUUACCAACGCCGGCGUUACGUGAUAAUUACAGAGGGAUCAAGCAACGGACGCUGAAGAAUCGCACGACUCCGGAUGCACUUGCUUUGUUUGAUGCUUGUGUCGUGACUGGAAAUUGGGGGCGGUCUCUCAAGUUGCUGGAGCAGGUGCGCAACCAAGCAGAUGAUGCAACUGUUCUCGUUGCCGUCAAUCGCUAUUUACAAGCACUGGUCGAAGAAGUGCCGACAUCGCAACAGAUGACAUUUGCACAAAAGCACUUUGACGAGUACGACACAAAAUGGGGCGUGCUGCCGAAUCACUUUACAUUUGCGCUCAUGUGCAAGGGCAAUCUAGCCCUACAAGAUGGAGAAGCUGCCAAAGUUGCCAUUCAAGAGCUCGCUAGACAUUGGCAAAGCAUCAAGGGCGAUUUUGGUACUGUCAUGGCGGCGGAUGUUCUUACGCAAGACGAGGCACGUCGUGCAUUCGUCUUGUCUGGACUGGAUUAUCGUCUGAUUGGUAAGGAGAAUCGUUCAAGCAUUGAGAUCCCCCAACAUCCGCUCUCUGAAGUUGACGAGGUCUUACCGCCGCGGCAGCCUCCGCCUGGUCUUGGCUUUCUGAAGCACAGUCUGAGUGCAUUGACUGACCAGGACGUCGAGAUUGUCAGUGGUCAGCAAGUACUAGAUGACUCUGGCCGGCCUCUGUCAACCCAGGAAAUCUUCAACCUCGCCCGACAAAAGUCAAUUGAGGAGAAUGCUGUGGAUGCUGCAGUAAUGCGCUGGAAGCAUGACCAUGAUGCACUCAAGAAACGUGGUCGAAUGACAGGACAAGUCAAGUCUCUGAAUGUGCUCUUUUGGGAAUGGAAGGAAGAGAUGGUGCCGCUUAUCCAGGAGGAGGUCGAUCGAAUCGACCACAGCUCUGAUGAUCUCAACCGGCCUUCAAUCAACCGGCAAAAGCAAACAUUUUCGAUUCCACAGACGGAGAAGGAAGCUGAAGUGCAGGCACUUCGCGAGACAAUGGACUCAGAUGCUUCUAGAACUGCAAGGAGAGAUUAUGGCCCAUUUCUGGGUCUUCUCAAACCAGAGAAGUUGGCUGCUGUCACCAUCUUGGAGGUCAUCCGAUCCUUUACGACAGAAAACCUUGACGGCAUGAAGAGUGCCACCCUUGUCGUGAAAGUUGGCAAAGCGAUUGAGAACGAGUACCAUGCAGAGAUUCUCAAGAAGAAGGGAAUGUCAGAUACGUGGCGUGUACCUGGUCAAAACAUACAGUUCAAGCACAUUGCACAGGACAAUGAGUUGUUCAAGUUGGCUGUGCGUAGGGCGCGGGCAAAGGCGCAGCAGAUGAAUGCAUCAGGCUUGUUUCACCCAGAGUGGACACAGCAACUGCGAGCAAAGAUCGGUGCAGUCAUGGUGUCUUUUCUGCUACACACAGCACGUAUCAGCAUGACCAAGAAGGGUAAGUCUGGCUUCAUUCAUCGGCAAGAGGCUCCUGCUUUCUUUCAUUCUUACCAAUACUCAAAAGGUCAGCGUCUCGGUGUCAUCAAGCUUAACGAUCAGCUCAUGCAACGUCUCUCUUCUGAACCUCUGCGUGGCAGUAUCUACCCGCGCCAGCUUCCAAUGCUGACGCCACCAAGACCCUGGUACUCUUACGAUUCCGGUGGCUAUCUCUGCACACGUACAUUUGCAAUGCGUGCCAAGAACUCGCCAGAGCAAAUCAGAUAUCUCAAAUCUGCUUCUGAGCGUGGUCACUUAGACAAUGUCUUGUCGGCACUUGACAUUCUCGGCAAAACACCUUGGAGCAUCAAUGAGCAAGUCUUCAAGUGUGCGUUGCAAGCUUGGAACUCUGGUCAUGGUGUUGCCGAUAUACCGCCUGCGGAGCUUGACAUCAACCUACCUCCUCCGCCACCAGCAGAUGCAGAUCCGACGGAGAAGUUCGUCUACAAAGAACGUUGCAAGGAGAUCACCACCCUGUUGCGCAAUUGUGCAAGUAUGCGCAGUGACAUCAACUACAAGCUCGAGAUUGCUCGAGCAUUCUUGCACGACACCAUGUAUUUUCCGCAUUCGCUUGACUUUCGUGGGCGUGCGUAUCCCAUCCCUCCUCACUUCAACCAUCUCGGCAAUGAUUUGUGUCGUGGACUAUUGCUGUUUGGUACUGCCAAAGAGCUUGGUCCCAGUGGCUUGCGUUGGCUCAAAAUUCACUUUGCAAACCAUUGCGGGCAUGACAAGGCUAGCUUUGACGAGCGCGAAGCGUUUGCAGACGAGUCGCUCGAGAAAAUCUUCGAAGCGGCGGACCAUCCUAUGGACGGUACACAAUGGUGGCUAGAAGCAGACAAGCCAUGGCAGUGCCUGGCAGCGUGUUUUGAGCUCACCAAAGCGUUGCGUUCAGGAAACCCCGAAAAGUACAAAUGUGCGUUGCCUGUGCAUCAAGACGGUACCUGUAAUGGAUUGCAACAUUAUGCGGCCCUAGGUGGCGAUUUGUCGGGUGCAAAGCAAGUGAAUCUCGAGCCAAGCGACAGGCCGCAAGACGUGUAUCGCGGUGUCGCUGAUUUGGUCAACAUUCAAGUCAACAUUGACGCUGCCGCAGGGGAGCCACGCGCAAAAAAGCUACAGGGACACAUUUCGCGCAAAGUUGUCAAGCAGACUGUCAUGACCAACGUGUAUGGCGUGACUUUUAUCGGCGCCCGUCUCCAGAUUGAAAAUCAGCUCAAGGACCUCAAGAUUGAAGGGGCUGAAGAUGAAGUAUGGGAUUUGGCAAACUACCUCGUCAAGAAGGUCUUCAAGGCUCUCAACAAUCUCUUUACUGGUGCACACGAAAUCCAGGACUGGCUCAAGCACGCUGCCAUGAUUGUGACGCGCUCGGUGCACAAAGAUGCGUUGCUUAAUGCGGUGCCCGACACCAUGUCCGCAGUGAUUUGGACCACUCCGCUCGAUCUACCCGUGGUGCAGCCUUACCGCAAGGAAGUUCGACGCCAAAUCAUGACAAACUUGCAGACCGUUUUUAUUUCUGAUCCGUCAGAUGCAGCAGAAGUGAACUCGCGCAAGCAAGCUGCUGCUUUCCCACCCAACUUUAUCCACUCUCUCGAUGCUACACAUAUGCUCAUGUCUGCGCUCGUCUGUCAGGAAGAAGACGUCACUUUUGCAGCUGUGCAUGACUCUUACUGGACGCACGCCGCGGAUACUGACAAAAUGAAUGUAAUUCUCAGGGACGCCUUCAUCAAAUUGCACUCGCAAGACAUCAUGGGCGAUCUGCACUCUGAGUUCAAGCAGCGGUACAGCAAUCACUUUUUGCCCGUGCCAUCAAUUCAAAAGUUCUCGCAAGCGUAUGCAUUCUGCAUGAAGCCUGAACAUCUCGAAUCCGGCAAAGUUGUCAUGCUACCGGGACAGAAAGGUGUUGUUGUGCAGGAUCACGAUCUGGCCAUCGAGGUGCUGCGAUACGGUGCUCGUGCAGGCGCAGUCAACCCAGAGAGUAUUGAUCUCUCGAGCCAUGCACGAAACACGCAGACACUCGCCGAGCGCAUGAAGACGCGCGAGUAUCUUGAGGAGUUGGACAAGACGUCGGCCGAAUCGGAGGCUCAGCAGGAGGAAGAGACGGCUGUUGGUGCAGAUGUUCAGGAGGCUCCAUCGAAGCCGAAGAGAGAGGCAAAGUCGAAGCGAUUGGCGACGUGGGCUGUCUGGGUGCCCAUCUCGUUCCCGCCACUACCCAAGAAGGGUGACUUCGAUGUGACGAAGCUGAAGCAGAGCAAGUACUUCUUUUCAUAGAUUAUGGGACUAUCUUGAUUGAUGUGAAAUGGAAC